AUGAUGAAAGCCGACCAGACACGUCCCAGCAGCCGGCGCGGUGCGUCAGGUGCGUUCCGUUUCGACAGGCUCAAACCCGCACCCCAGGAUAGUCUGGAGAUGUACGGUCUGCCAUCCAAGGGAGAGAUGAAGUUGAACGACUUCCGCACCCAGGAGUGGUACUUCCACAAGAUCCUCGAGCGCUACAUGCGCCUCUGCGCUAUCAAUGAGAAGCAGCUUGGUGAGCUCUUCGCCUCCACCUCCAUCAACCACACUUCGCACCAAGACCUCGUUGGCCGGGGUCUCUCUGCGCUCCUUCCCGAUCAUGCUCGUGUCACCGAGACGUCCUUCAGCAGCCCGCCGAUAGCUGAGCUGGCGACUGUGCUGCAUGCGCUGCGCAAGCUGCGCGAGGCCAUUACUGCUACCGCUCGCAAGGAUGCGUUCGCUCGCCACGCUUACUUCUUCGCUGUACGUGCUGCGGUUCUCUGCAAGGACUGGGAAUCGUAUGCCCCAGCGCUGACCUCGCUGCUUACGGUUAUUAACCGCCAGUCGCCACUCAGUCAGUCGGAUCUGAAGGAGUACGUUGGCUUACUGAUCCUGGACCAAGCGUGCCGUCAAGGCGACAUUGCGUUGGCGCACGAGACGCGGCUGCAGUACGGGUACAAGGAUAGGCGAGUGGAGCUGGUGCUGAAGGCGCUGGUGUCGGACAACUGGGUCACGUUCUGGAAGAUGAAGAAGGCGGUGGACGGCUAUCAGCGGAGCAUUAUGGAGUUCGCUGAGCAGGAAAUGAGGGAGCAUGCGCUUAAGUGUCUGGGACGCAGCUACAUGAGUACGGAUAGGAAGUAUGUGGAGCGAUGUGCGGAUAGGCAUUGGGCAGAUCUGGUUCAAGAUGGUGUCGGCUGGGAGUUGACUGAGAUGGACAAGGUGUUGAUCAGGAAGCCAAAAGCUAAGUGA